UUAAGCCCCCCUCUUUGUGGAGUCCAUGCAAUUCAAGGUCGACUUCGUUGAGGGAGAGGGUGAUUGCGAAAACCAUCGAUUUGGGAAUAUUUUAAUUUAAAACUCUCUCCCACCGGGUAACCACGUGAAGUGGUACAAUGCAAAUACUAGGUGUUUUUUCCUAUCCACCCACUUCCUACAAUAUCUCGUUAUAAAGAGAAAACACCAACUUUAUGAAGAAAAGAUGAGGAAAAGGAAAGCUCCUGGUCUGCAAUCAAUGCCUCCUUAGUCCUUACUCACUGCUUCCUUCUUUACUCCUUCCUCCUCCUCCUUCCUCUAUCUCUCUCUUCUCUCUCAUUAUAUGCGCUGCAUUCAACCCCCAAUAACAUGUCUCUCUCAGUCCUUCUGGUCUUCACGGUAAAUGUACAUGAGGAGGCAGCUGUCUUUCUCAAGCUAGCAGCAAGCUUUCUCUGCUGGUAAAAACAGCAUUUGUUACAAAACACACAUGGCUGUCUUUCUCAAAGCUAGUCCUUCUCGGGUCUUCACUGUUGAAGAUAGCUAGUAAAAUCCUCCCAUACAAUGGUGCACUUGUCCUUCUCAAUUAGAUCCAUCAAUUUCAAGCCAACCGAGUCGACCUAGCUCACUAGUUGGUACCAGUACUAGCAGCCAGCAGCUAACUAGGGUUGAGCUUCAACUUGAAAACCACAACCAGAUAUUAGCUAUAUACGUACAUCACAAUGUUUUCGUAUAGCUCAAACGCUAUUAGCACCGGUACUACUGGCAAUUACUACGAACCUGCCGUGCCUUUUCCUCAUGACCAAUCCUUUUUGAUCCACAGUAGGCCUUUUCUUAAUUCUACUACCAAUCCAAAUUGCAAUUCCGCUUCAGUUAUUUCCAAUUCCAAACAAGAUCAAGAUCUACAAGAAGACCCUCAUCAUCAUAUUCAUCCUCCUUUGUCUUUCUUCUACUUCCCCUCUCCCUUUGAAGACGACGAUGUUUUACUCCACCAACACCACCACCACCACCACCAUGACCUGUCGUCGCUUCAUGAAAAUACCUUAUUUGCCCAUCAUCAUCAUCAUCAGACCGGUACUCCUCUCACUGCUACAAUGGUGGAGGGGGAUUCUAACAAAGAUGAUCAGGUGGUGAUCGGUAAGGAAGGUGAGCAACAACAACAACAACAGAAACAGAUCCCGAUGACGAGAAGAUCUUGCAAGAAGGACCGGCACAGCAAGAUUAGCACCGCCCGAGGACUGAGGGACCGGAGAAUGAGAUUGUCCCUCGAUGUUGCCAGAAAGUUCUUUGGUUUGCAAGACGUGCUCGGCUUUGACAAGGCCAGCAAGACGGUGGAGUGGUUGCUCAAUCAGGCAGGAGCUGAAAUCAAGAAAGUAACAAGAGAAAUGAACGGUCAGAACGAAAACCAAAGCUCUAGCACUACUACCGCCGCAGGAGCAGGUGCCAGAGCCAGAACCACAUCUUCCAUAUCCGAGUGUGAAGUUGUGUCCGGUACAGAUGAGGUCGCGACUGAUGAUAUUAUUGAUAAGGUAAGCCGGACAUCCUCUUCUUCUUGUGCCAAAAAUCGGAUCAGAAGGACUGUCAGGCAACCAAAGAAGAGUGCAUUGUUUAACCCUCUUGCAAAGGCGUCGAGGGAAAUGGCAAGAGCUAGAGCAAGAGAAAGAACUAGAGAAAAGAUGGGGAGACAGUCAAAGCCAUGUGGUGAUGUUGAUCAGGCAAAGAAGAUGAAGCCGGACCUGAGCCAAUUAAGUUCAUGGAGUACAUUUGAAACCGGAGAAGAAUCUGGAGCUACUCAAAGCCACAACAACAACAUCAACAAUCAUUCUCCAUUGGAAGCACUUGCUGAGGUUGAAGAGCCAAUAAGCAGCUUCCAAGCAGCUGCGACUACGGUAGUAGUUCAUCGUCAUAUUCAUCAAGACUUGAUUGAAAUUGAUGGUCAUGAUGCUGCAGCUAACUUGGUGACAAUGGGAAAGUGGAGCCCCUCUUCCACUUUCAAUUCUCUUCAAAAUACUUCUGGAUCAAUUUCACAAGAGCAACAUCAGUUUGCAGACUUUCAAUUCUACGGAAAACCAUGGGAGGUCUACAACAGUAGUACUCAUAACCUUUUUUAACACCGCGAUGAAUAUCGAUCAGAGAGUAUAUAUGUACGUGUGUACUAAUUGCCUUCUUCUUUCUGUUUGGAAUAAUGUAAGAUAUGUGGAAAUUAAUUAAGUAGCUUCUUAAUGAUUAUUGUGGAGUUCCCUCUAAACUACCAUGAUGUAUUAUAU